AUGUCAGAAAAUCCCUUUACGGGACAACCUAAGAAGGCUACAACCAUAGAGGGUGUUUCUACAACCAACGAUGCGCUUGACAAGCCCAAGUUGCCGCCCAGAAGAAGAGACGAACUCACUAUAGAGCCGCAGAUUGAUGAAUUUCAGGAAUACAAACUUCCGCGAAGGGAGCUUCGAACCCGGAAAUUCACUGACCUCCCUGAAUGCACUCCUCGAGCGCGCGCUCAACUCCUCUUGGAUCGUCUGGAGAACCUUAUGCACCUAGCAAUAUUCUACAACAACCAAACAGAGCCGCGAGUCUUUGAUACAGACAUGGCUCAAUCAGCAUUAGACAUGCUUGAAUCCAUAUUCGAGCCACGGCCGCAGGAUCCAUCUCUUUGGCCGAAAAAGGAGAAUGGCACGCCCCCAUUCGAUAGAAAAGUCGUUCUCAAUCCUUUUAUAGACACAGCUCCACGGACCGCUACAGAUCAAGAGGGCUCAUCCUCUAAAGACUCGAAUUCACAGGUUGAGGCGGAUGAGGCUCUCGCUAAGAAACUCGCCGAAGGCCCGCAGGACCUCCCCUCUGAGCGCAAUACGAACGAAGGGUCACGGCGAGCUGGGCAGAUGCAGCGUGUCGCUUCGGGCAAUGCCCCCAGCCAGUCUCCGCCGACCCCUCCUUCCCGAGCGACCGAAACAGCUCUGCAGAAUCCGGCAGCAGGCGAUCAAGACAAAUGCAUGCAGAAGAUUGACAAACAGCUGAGAGAACUCAACUCUAAGCUCCAGUGGCGUAAUCGAGAGACGCGGGAAGCGUAUGACUGCUUCAAAAGACUAAUGGCCGAAUAUAGAGAGAUGGAGGCCAAAAAUGGCAUUCUCUUGAAAUACCACGAGGAAGAUACCGCAGCAAUUGAGGGGCUUCAUGGUACGGUUGCGGCGUUCCAAGGCAACGUCAGUACCUGGAUAGAACGGCAUUUAUCUGCAGCCGGAGACAGACAGAUAGCGGUUACCCGACUACUAGAACAAAGAGAGCUUGAAUUACAGCUUGUCAAUACGCUUCAUGAUGACAUCAAAGGCUUCAUGGCUGGCUGGAACGAUGCCAAGGUUGAGUUCUACAGUCGAAGGGAUGCUCGCAGGCAGACGGAGAGCCGUCGACAAGCCCCAGAGGCAGCCAACACCCGCACGAAUCCUAAAAAGACAACAAAUAGAUAG